AAGUACGUCACACUCGUUGGCGGGCUGAUUAAAAACAACAGUUCGGUCACAGUAGUGACGUUAAUCAGUUUCACGCGCUGAUUACUUAGAAUGUAACAUAUUUCACACAUCUAAUGAUCAGAUUCACGUUUUAAGAGCAGCUGUCGGGGAAGCGCUAAAUUAGCUUUAUUAGCUUUCUGUCCUUUUUGUGGAUGGCAAAUGCUAACGUUAGCUAUGGAGCGACCAUCAAGGAAGACAAAGGUUUUGAAUUAUUGUGAAUCCCAGGAUGAUGAUGAUGAGGAUUUUACUUGUACGAAGGCACCACCCAGCAAAAAAGCCAGAGAGGAUAUAAAACAGCAAGAACGCAAGAAAUCAUUGAGCAAAUCCUCCAGUCAAGAGAUCGACUCACAGUCCACAGCGAGCCAGAACAUCCGACGACCGUUGGAUGAGAAGUUGUACGAACGCGACAUAGAAGCAGCAAUUACACUUUCCUUGCUUAAUUCUGCAGAUGGGCUCCAAGAGCAGCCCCCAACCAAUAAAGGAGACGUCAAGGUUCAGUUUCCAGUCGAUGAAAACACAGAUCCAGCAUCACUGAAGCACUCUAACUGCAGUGUGGACAGCACAUUGCUUGGUCUAGACAAAAUUACAACAGAGAGUGAAUCCCCUUGUUCCUCACCCAGACAAAGAAAAGCUGCCAGUAAGCUCAGUGAGGUACAGAAAAGAAAGUUUAAAGAUGAAGACGAAGACUACGAGCCCAAAGCAACACCAGAUUCAGAAAGUGGCGAUGAUUUCAGUGAUCAAGCUGCGAGCGAAGACGAGGAAUUUACAGUAAACAAUGCCCGAAAAUCAAAGAAGGAGAAAAUGAGUGAGAAAACAAAACGACCUUUGUCCUCAAAGAAAGAAAAGAAACCACGCAAGGCGCCAAACCCUCAAUCUCAGGCACAGGCAACUUCCACUCCAGUGAGAAGUCCUACAGCAAAGCCUGCACCAGAAUCCAGACGGCCUGCCUCGUCCACAGUUUCCAAACCUGCAGUCUCCCUCAGCCCAGCAGGGGGCAGAAUACCCAAAUGGAACCCACCAGGCUUAAUUGGGAAAAGUCCCACAUCAUCCCAGAAUCCAGCAGUGAAGUCUCCAGGUCAUGGUCUGCGACUUGGACUGUCCCGUUUAGUCCGGGUCAAGCCUCUUCACCCUGGUGUUGCUACUCACUAAUAUGACCGCGUGUCCCUUUUUAAAAAAAAUACUCUUGUAAAUAUUUUGUUUUAAAAGGGAUUCCGGGCUACAUUGUGACAUAUUGUUAACGUAUAAAACCCACAUUUUGUUCCACCUCAAAGUAAAAACACUUUGUGCCUUAUAAUUGCCAAAACAGUACUUGU